AUGUGUCUAGGUUUGGCCCCAUGUCAUCCCACGUGAGCCUAGUGCUGUUUCCCCGCGUAAGUGCAGCUCAGCGACCCACUAACUUUGAACCGCCUAGACACCUCCGCCGAGUCCAAGUCAUCCAUCCAGCAUGCAUUCUUCCCCAUCGCCACGCUUCUGGCUCCCGCAAGGCUCUAUUGUAUAAUCGCACAUUCAUCCCCCUCCCCUCCCAUGCAUAAUCGCCUCGCACCUUCGCUGUAGUCUCGUCGCACCUGCUUUCGGACCAUGCCGACGCCGGAUGAUGAAGCCAUGGUCUCGCCGAUGGAGCACGAGAGCAUCGCUGGCCGCCCGACUUGUCCACCCGAGGAAUCGCGCGUUAUCGCGACCCACGAAUUGGAUGAGACACGAGGCGCCCACCACGACAGCAAUGCCAGCGCCGUGCCAGAUGUUCCCAUGCAGCAGCCCACUCCGUCCCCACAAAACUCGCGCGAGCAUACCCAGGCGCCCGACGAUAUCCAGACCAAGCUAUCCAGCACCGACAGAGACUCACCGAGUAGAGACAUACCCACGCCUAUGACGGCGACAGACGACGGCACUGAAGAGCAACGCACCUCUCACGUCUCGCCGCUUUCUCCCGCUGCGCCAACUUCGCUACUCGCCAGCCAUCUAUCAUCCCCAUUCCCUGCGCAUAGGUUCCUACCCAAUACAUCCUCGUCCCUCCUUCGGCCCGGCAGUCGCUUCGUGGGCACUCAAACCUCCGACCGCCAGCAGUAUGACGUCGAAGUCGACAUAAAACAUGUCGACAUGCGCGAGUCCUUCAUGUGUGGAUACUUGCGCAUCAAAGGUUUAACGGAAGACCAUCCGAGUCUGACGACGUACUUCGAAGGCGAGAUCAUUGGAAGCAAAUACACCUUCAUUACACAACAUCCAGAAUGGGGCUCUAACGAGAAGGUCGACCGGCAACACUGGGGGCGGUUCGACGCAUACAAGCCGAUUGCUAAGUACUCUUCGCGCCAGGAACAAGUGUCGAAAGACCUGAGCCAGAAGGAGCACCUGUUCAUGCGAUGGAAGGAGUACUUUCUCGUGCCAGAUCACCGAGUGAGGACCAUAAAUGGUGCGAGUUUUGAAGGCUUCUACUACAUCUGCUUCAACCAGCUCUCGGGUGGCAUCGAGGGCAUCUACUUCCACGCUAAGAGCGAGAAAUUCCAGAAGCUCAAUUUGAAACACAUCCAAGAUUUUGGGUGUCAAGGCGCGAUUGAAUUCCGAUAAUGUUGAUGACUGAACGACUGGGCAUUGGAUAUGGAUAAGGAUUAGCAUUUGGGCGCACACCUGGGAUUGUCUUCUUGUAUCGAUUUUUCUUCCCACGAACCGUAUGCAGGGUGCCAAGGUCGUCGGGCUUUUUGUAGUAACUUUGUCGUACAAGCAGUGGAUCGUUGCGCGAACGGCCGUGUUACUCCAGAUGUGGUGGACCAGAGACCCUGGCGCUAGCGAAAAACUCGCUUCGUGAUACGCAACUAAUCGACUAUUACCUCAGCACCUGUA